AUGUUUGAUUUUGAUUGGCAACCAUUUUCAAUAAACCGCGACAAUUUUGCUCGUAUAUCAUCAUCGUCAUCACCUUCACUGCCAGAAUCUAUUGAUGGUUAUCACAAUUCAGCCAUCAACUUUUGGUCUGGUGGUAUUGAUGGCAUUAUCCGCAAUAGGACAUUAAUUAAAAAUGAGACAAUGACAACUGUAUGGACCGUCGAUGAACUUAAAACAGCAAUUAAUGAUCUUGUGAAUAAUAUCGUCAAGAUUAGUAUGCAAUAUAAUAAUCAUUCAGCAGCCUUAAAUCAACAGUGGGCAUUGGAACUUAAUGAUCUCUUGAAAAAGUUUAAUAAUUCAGUUGGUUCUUUACCAAAUGUUCAAAAAAACAGAUAUCGCCAGGAAUUCAGUGAGAAACCAAUAAUUGAUUGCGUUGGUGAAGAAUGUCAUGGAAAGAGAAAUGGUUCAUUUGAACGAUUUAUUAACCCUACGUUCCCUGCAGUCAAAAUCCAUGUAAUUACAACAACCAGCAGUUGGCUAUCUCGAGGAUUAGGCUCCCUGGAGUCAUUAUUACCAACAAAUUUAAAUUUCACUGAUCAACUUUCGCAAUUGAUUUCGAAAAUAUUUUCAAAUCUUGAAAACGACUCAAGCGAUGAUAAAUCUGCUGAUUUCUCUGGAUUUAGAAGUGUUGAGCCGUUAGUUAAACAAUCAGUUCUCAAAAGUAUUUAUCAAACUGUAAUUAAUGAAGGAGAAUUUCCAAUUCCGACUGUUCCUACUGUAACAGUUUACGAUACUUGGCCCAAUAAUACAUGGUUUUGGAUUUGGCACGCUCUUGGUGUUGUUAUUAUUAUUGCCUUAAUUAUCUCUAUAAUUGUUUUAUGCUUAAAAAUGCGCAAAAGAAAGCAAUAUGAACGUCUCACAUAA